AUGAUGAUGAUGAUGUUACUCCGCCGUCGCACUCUCCUAAAGUCCUCUUUUUUAAACCGUCACAUCUCCUCCAGGUCUGCCACCGCCACGUGGAAUCAUUAUGAGGAUGAGAAGGACCUAUACACGACGGUGAGAUCCUUGAUCCGUAGCUCAGAACUAAACAAGGCUGUGGAGUACGCACGCUCGCCAGUUGCUGAAAAAAGUCGCAUGGCCACCAGAGUUGCUAUAUGUGAGCUUGUAGCCCCAGCCUUGGAUGAUGCCAAACGUUACAAAGACGUCUUAAGCCUCAUCCUUGAUUCCAGACUCUAUAAUAAUAGCCUCUAUUGCCGCUAUCUGAUCCGUAAAGCUUUUGAGAAAGAGAGACUCAGUUCCGAUGCGAAAGAGGAAGCGGAAGCAAAACGUCACGAACUAAACAAGUGUCUUGUCUCAAACCCUCCUCCUUACCCUAUCAUCCUCGGAGGAGAUGUCAUCAUCUCACCGGAGGAGGAGCCCCCGAAGAAUCAAUAUUACUGUGAGAAGCAUCUAUACUCGAAGGUUAGAUUCUUGAUCCAGAAUCUCUCUGAUCUCGACACCGCCGUGGAGUACGCACGCUUCACCGCUUUCGCCACUUCUCGCACCGAAACAACAACCGCUACUUGUGACCUUAUAAUCGCAGCCUUGUGCGAGGCCAAGCGUUACAUGGACGCCUAUCAUCUCUUCCAUUACUUUUUCAACCAAUCCAACAUCAGUCUCAGCGUUGAUUGUUGCAACCACAUCGUCAAAGCUCUCUGCGACGAUGGUCAUGCCCACGUAGCUCUUCAACUCCAUCACCACAUCCGCGGUGGCUAUGAUGAUCAUGCUCUUCUUGAUUACCAAACGUACCGUAUCUUGACCAAAGCUUUGUACCUUUCCGGGAAGUAUGAUGAAGCUUUAGAUCUGGUUAAAGAUAUCUUUCUUUUAAAAAAUCCUGACGAGUACGACUCUGAAUUCUUGGAUCAGAAAGAUUUUGACAAAGCCUGGGCACUUUGUUGUGAGGAGUUUAUAAGUAGUAAAGAUGGCAACAACAACAACGUUGGUUAUCCAACGGUAACCAAAACCGCAGUAACGGUUUCUCUCAUUGAGUAUCAUUUCAGUAAAGGUAAAGAGGAUAAAGCAAUGGAGAUUUACACUUGUUUGGUAGCAGAAACCAGUGGUAAGAUUGAAGAUGCUUCCAAGAGACCACUCUUGGAUGUCUUGUUUAAGUACGGUAAGGAAACCGAAGCUUGGUCGUUGGUAGAAAAUCAUCAUUUGAUUGAAGACCGGCCACUACAUAUUAUGAAGCAAAAUUUAACCAUGCAUGAACUUUUUUGUUGCGAUCUCCGGAUGACAAAGGAAUCCAUCGAAAAAUUCGAAAAAGCCAGACAGAUGCAAGAUUUCGUUACGUUCAAAUUCAAUCAUGCACCUUACUCCAACGUCAUCGCUAAGUGUUGCGAAGAUGAGAAUACUUUGCCACACGCGAAGUGGAUAUUGGCUGAAUCGUUGAACGUCUGUGAUCCAUGGGCUUACAAACUAUCCACAUUCGAAGAAAUGAUCAAUGCCUAUCUAAAGGCUGGGAGACUCGAUGAUGCUUUGGAAACUGCAAACAUGAUGGUCGAUGCAAAUCUAAGGCUUGUCUCUAUCUUAAUGAAGAGCUGA